UGCCAAAUUAAAUCUCAAGAAGAAGAAGCUGUUUGCCAAGUUUACUUCCUGUAUAUGAUUGAAUGAAGUGUUUGCGUGUAUUGUUUGUUUUAUUUAGCGAAACCCCUUGACGUUUUUAAUGUAAUUACACUUUAUUCAUAAAUUAGUUAAUACUAAACGUGAUUUUAUAAAGCGAACAGAGAAAAGCUAAUCUACCGGCUAGCACUGUUGCAGCGGAUAUAUUCCCUCCGACUUUAAUUUAGGCUCAAAGGUCUCAGCACUUUUUGACAAGGAUCGACCUCCAAACAUGUCUGGAAACCCGGUUGUGGUCAUGCGCCUCGUGGCGUCCGCCUACAAAGUGGCAGAAAAGGCUGGAUCCAUCGUGAGGAAGGUGCUUCACAGUGGAGAACUUGGGAUUGUGGAAAAGACAGGAGCCAAUGACCUGCAGACUCUGGCAGACAGACUUGCACAGAAAAGCAUUUGUGCUUCACUGUCCAGAAACUUCCCCAACAUCACCAUCAUAGGAGAGGAGGAUCUUCCUGCUGAAAAAGUCGAAGAAGAUCUUAUUGAAAAAGGCCAGGAGGAGGAAAUCCUUCAGAAGAUUUGUCCAGAAGAGUUUCAAGCACUGAAGGAAGAAGAGCUUGUCGUGUGGGUCGACCCUCUGGAUGGCACGAAGGAAUACACCGAAGCGUCGAGGUGUCUCCAUCUUGGAGCGGUAACUCCGAUCCCACACAAAGGGUUGAACACGUUUCACAGCCCAGUUCUCUGGCUCCUGGAUAAUGUGACCGUGCUCAUUGGGAUUGCAUAUGGCGGCAGGGCCAUUGCAGGAGUCAUCAACCAGCCCUUUUAUAACUAUCAGCUUGGACCAGGAGCGACGUUAGGAAGAACGCUGUGGGCCGUGUUGGGAUUGGGCGCCUUUGGGUUCCAGCUCCAGGAAGUGCCAGGAGACCGACGAAUCGUCACCACCACCCGUUCCCAUAGCAACAAGGUGGUGACGGAGUGCGUCGACGCCAUGGAGCCCCAUGAAGUCAUAAAAGUGGGCGGAGCUGGAAACAAGAUUAUCCAGCUAAUUGAGGGAAAAGCCUCCGCCUAUGUCUUUGCUAGCCCAGGAUGCAAAAAGUGGGAUACUUGUGCUCCUGAGGCCAUUCUUCACGCAGUUGGAGGUAAACUGACAGACAUGUACGGGAACGCCUACUGCUACAACGCCGACGUGAAGCACAUGAACUCUGCCGGAGUUCUAGCUACACUUCGAAACCACGAGUACUACGUCAGCAGAGUUCCUCCAACAGUCCGACAAGCUCUCAAGUCUGACUGAAGUUCUGCAGCGUUUCCCACCAUGGGGCUCCAGGGUGUUUGGAGUCACUCAACAUCCUCUCUUUUACUCCUCUAAAUCAAAAAGUUCUCAUUUUUUCUGAUUUUUGUAAACUAAUUGAUUUAUUGUUUUUUUAAAACUACAGAAGUUUUGUAAUUAACAAGAGGGAAAGCAAAAUUUAGGGAAUUAAUACAUAGAAAUACUAUAUGUGCCUUGAUUUUUCAUAUUUUAAAAUAUAGUAAUCUAUAGUAGAACAUCACAUAUUUUCCGUCUGCAAUGAUGGUAUAAAAACACUAAAAAUGUUUCAUAAUCUGAACUUUAAAUUACCAUUUAUUUAAUAAAAUGCACUUAUUUUGUUGCUAUAUUUGUUUUUUUCUAUAUAUUUUUUCUUAUCUUCUGAUAUUUGUUUGUUGAUUAAAGGGCACUAUUUCAGUAGAAGGGAGAAUAUUUGUUUCCAUCCUGCAGUCCAAUAAUUACCCCUCAAAAUGAAGAAAAAAACAAGAAAAAGCCAUUUACACCAUUCUUUUUAUAAAUGUAUUCCUUUUAAUAUAAAUAAAAUGAAUUGAUCUUGUUGACAAA